GAAUUUUUGAGAGAUGGCACGUAAAAGGAACAUCACAUUUUUCUGCAUGGUAUUGAACGCAGAUCUAAAUCAGUGUCUUAUUUUUCCGUAGGACUUGAUCCUGACAUACAGGAAUUUAUACGUGAUAAUUAUGUAAAGCUAGCAGAGGGACUGGAGGUAAGAAGAGUGAUCCGUUACCUGAUUCAAUAUGACGUCUUGACCAUUGAAGACAAGCAGAGAAUCCUACACAAAGAAACACGUGAAGACCAAGCAGAAGAGAUUUUGGACACACUAAGUCGCACUGGCAAAUGCACCACAAACCUCUUCAUAAACGUACUACGAGAGGCAAACCAGACUGCUCUCAUUAAUAGCCUAAAGUUUGUCGAUGCAAAUCAUCAAGCUCUACAAGAUGAGAGAACAACAGCUGUUUCAAAUACCCUCGCUGCAAAGCUGCAGGUGGAGUAUUACCAAAAGGGAAAGAACAUGCAAUUAGAUGCACUCAGCUUGGUUAGCAAUAUUUUUGACCCUACAAUGGCCGAAGAACAUAGAGAGCAGUUGAAAAAAACCUUUGAGUGGUGGAAUGCAAUAAUUGAAUAAAUAAUAGGAGGGUGUUUUAUCAUCAACUUGACGUUCCUCCAGCCAUGUGACGUGGAUGAUUUUUACCACGACCACUUCCGUGUGGGUCCGGGCAGUUUGUCCGCUGCCCUGUCAGACCUGCUCAUCACGGAUGAGAUGCGCGCUGUGGUUGGUGGGGAGGAACUGAUGGUGAGGGUGGAGGUCAGGUAUGACGACUACAUCCGGGUCAGGAGACGACUUUGUACUACAGAACUGCAGCGAUCAACCUCCGUGGACAGCCUAUCAGCCACACCCCUUCCUCCCAAGGACACAGGAAGCCGUUCUCUCCUCAACAGUUUGGACCUGGUCACCACCAGAACACAUGAUUCAAGCUUCGCUGAUUGGGCCACUGACACUAACACCAAACAACUGGUGCUCAAGAUGAAGCAGAAGUCACAAGCGCUGACAGUUUUGGCAGCCAAACAUGAGAUAGCUCAACGCCAGGUAGAGCUACAGGAAGGCAUGGUGAGAGGUCUCCAGAGGGAAGUCACCCGGGUCACACAGGAGCAGGAGACGGCACAGAAAGUACUCACGGACAAGGGGAAAGAAAUUGAGGCCUUAACGGGAGCCAAUAAGGGUAUGAAAGAUACCAUUGAUGAACUGCUUGCUGAAAAAACAAAACUGACGAACAAAUUGGCAAUGAUGGAACGAGAUGCUAAGUUAAAGGACGACAAGAUGGAGAGUUUCCAGAGGGAUGUCACCCGGCUCACAUGGGAGAAGGAGACAGCACAGAUAGUACUAACGGACAACAAGAAGGAAAUUGAGGACUUAACAGAAGCCAAUAAGGGUAUGAAAGACACCAUUGAUGAACUGCUUGCUGAAAAGACGAAACUGACCAAAAAACGGGAAAUGAUAGAAAAACAAAGCCAAGAAGAAACUUCACCAGAAGUACCAGAGGCUCCAGAUAGGCUUGAAGCUAUAGAGACAGGAAACUACGCCAUAAAGCUACGCUGGACACCCGUUAGUUCUACCCACCAUCAGCUCAACGGAUACAUGCUGGAGCGAUCCGUUGCAUUUCAAGACAGAUGGACCUUAGCACACGCCCCGUUAUCGGUACUACCUGUUACAACCACUGACUUUUCUGUAGAUGUGCAGCCUUAUAAAGGUUACAGCUUUCGUGUGAAGUCUGCAAUCAUUAACAAGGGCAAGCUUCUUGUCAGCGAUGGAUGUCGCUUGGAGGAUGUUGUGGCUAGAGAGCAAUAUCAACCCUACCCACCAAGAAACUUGAUGGUAGAGAACGUCAUGCAAGACUCUGUCUCACUAUUAUGGAUGGAACCUGUACCAGCUGAUGACGUCAAUCCAGCGCACUACGAAUAUGUCAUUGAGAAGUGUCACGAUGUUGACAACCUUUUAACAACAUGGCAAGAAUGUCUCAGAACAACAGAGUGCAAGGGUACGGUCAAAGUUCAACAAGAAGGAACCUACUGCUUUCGUGUGUCAGCCCUUAAUAAAGACAAGAAUGUCAGCAGCCUUCCAACGGCAUUGGGUAGGAAAUCAUGGAUUUUUAUAUAUGAGAUAUAAUGAAUGAUAUUGCAUAUCACUUCUGAAAAUUUAAACACACGUUAUCAAUUAGCGUGAUGUCAUGAGUCGUAUGUAAGGAUAUUAUACUGCGAAUCAAGUCGUAAAAUAUGUUAUUCUUUAAUUCAUUUUUGGCUAGCCAUGCUGACAGAGACAAAGGCAAUGCAAACGCAAUUUGACCUGGAUAUGAUUACAAUCAGCAAUAUCUAUAAGAACAUUAAAAUAUUGCAUA